CCCCGGAGAAUGUGUGUAGCUGGCCUGAGGAGUUACCAACUUUAAAAACCGCGACCUUCGGGUGCCUGGUGUGGGCAAGGAGCCUUUUUCCAACCAGUAAUCAUUUAGAACUGAAAAUGUCAGUGUUCUCGGACUAUGCUUUGGAGAAGAAAUUAUCCGAGCUGAGUAACUCCCAGCAAAGCGUUCAGACUCUUUCACUGUGGCUCAUCCACCACAGAAAACACUCAAAAACCAUCGUUAAAGUCUGGUAUAAAGAGCUGAAAAAAGCCCAGGUCUCUCGCAAGCUGACUUUUCUGUAUCUUGCGAAUGAUGUCAUACAGAACAGCAAGAGGAAAGGACCAGAGUUCACACAAGACUUUGCCCCAGUCAUUGUUGAUGCUUUCAAGCACGUCUCCAGUGAAGGAGAGGAAAGCUGUAAAAAACAUUUAAGUAGAGUUCUGUCCAUCUGGCAGGAAAGAGCUGUGUAUGAGAUUGAUGUGCUGAACAAACUCUCUGAAGUCCUGCAGGUAGAAAAUAAGGCCAAGAAAAGCCCUAAUGAAGAAAUUAAGGUCAACGAUGAUGAUUUUGCCUCCCAAAGCUCCCCUGGAGAGCCUCCACAGACUUCAGAACUGAUCAGGGCUCUACAGGAGCUUGAGAAUGCUGCCUCGAGUGAUGCUGUUCUUCGUCAGCGGAUCUCUGCUUUACCCCCAGAAGUGCAGGACACUUCUCUACUGCAUAAAAUUACAGAUAAAGAGUCGGGGGAGCGUCUCUCUCGGCUGGUGGAAGAGGCAUGCAUGCUUCUGGCUGACUACAGCGGACGGCUGGCGGCAGAGAUCGAUGACCGACGUCAGCUUAUGCACACGCUUGCUUCCUUUUUGCAAAGCCAGAAAGAUGGUCUGGCCCAGAAUGAACAGAAACUAGAAGAAUACAAGCGUAAACUGGUACGGGUGUCCCUGGUACGGAAAGAGCUGCGGUCUCGUCUCAGCAACCUCCCGGAUCUCUCCCGGCUUCCAAAUGUCACUGGUGGCCACGUCCGCCUGCCCUCUUCCGGCAAUCUUUACAGCCCCUCCGAUUGAACUGAACUCUUAUCUCUCAGAUCUCUCACCCGAUAAUCAGUCUCCAAUCUUGCUUUACUCUUGAGUGUCCCAUGAUCUGGAAUCUGAUAUCACUUGUCCACUAAGCCAUUAGUGCAUGUUUAAAUGAUGAGUAUCAUCCUUGUGUUAUAUUGCCCCGCUUCAAUUCAGACAAGAUCAUCUCCUGAACCAUUUUGCGUGACAGCAAUUUGGCUUAUCUUUAUAGACCCCCUUAUCAAUUGUUUUGCUCUUGAAACUUAUGUAGAAUUACACAAGAUACAAUAUUUGAAAAUGUUCAAGUACUUCUCGUACUCACCAGUUGUCCACCUACAGUUGUUUUAUUUUAGUCUGAAUUACACAAAUGUAAGUUACAGUGUAUGACAGUUUGAUUAGAUAUCUUUCUCCAGCUUAAACUCCUCUUCAAUAACUAUAUCGUAUCACAGGUACCCACAUUUGUGAUUGUUAUUUUUGUAUUUUUGCAGUGAACAUUACUUUCAGUAUCUGAUAAUCAGCUGCAGUAUUUUAGUAUGGCAAUCAUACCAACAAGUUUUUUUUUUUUCAAUCUGAAAGUUACAUGAGUAUAUUUUUAAUCUUGAGUGCUUUGCAGGUAGCAAUAGUACAAAUUAUGCACAUUUUAAUCACUUUGAAUUUAAUUGGAAUUAUGAGAUCAUGACCAAGAUUGUGUCAAUUCUGAAAAAUGUCAGAUGCCUCAAAAGAUUAAUGGUCCCCAACAUGUUUCCCUUGCUGUAUUUUCAACAUUUGAAAAUAAGACCUCAAGCAUCAAUUGAUCUUAAAGUAUCAAAUAAGUACUUUGAACUUUAAUCCUAGCCCCAUUUCAUCUGCAGACACAUGCUUUUAUUGAAAUUAUUUAAUUGUUUCCUGUUACUAUGGAUUUGAUUGUUUGAAGCAUUCGUGUUUGUGUGCAUUUUACUGUAUGAUUGCUCCCUUGUUGGUUAACUGCAUUGGACUAUAAGUUACAACUAAUUGCCUGUGAAUCCACAACUUUUAACUUAUUCAGUUGCCAGUGUACAUUUUAACAUCAGCCUUUGUAAAUUGUGUGUUGCUCUGAGCCAAAUAAAGUUAAU